GCGUUAACCGCUGGCAUGAACCCCCACCAUCCGGGCCACUCCGCAGCCUACCCCCACCAUCCUUCGCUCUCGAGCAGUCCGCAUCAUCCGGGGCCCGGUGGGCCGCAUCAUGGGUAUGGGACCGGUGGAGGUGGCGGAGGUGGCGGUGGCGGCACCACGACCACCCCCGACUUACCCAGCCCGCACUCACCCCAGCAUACUGGCGGUGCCGGCGAUCCCGCCACCCCCUAUGGUGCCCUGCAACCUGGACAGGGCAUGGGCAGCAACGGACAUCAUCAUACCGGUGGCGGCAUGAUGCCGGAUCAUCCACACCACCCCGGACACCCUCAUCCCCACAUGCCGGGGCAUCCCGCGUACCCGCCGGUUAAUCACAACAAUAAUUGCACGCUCAAGCAAGAGGGUGUCCCAAGCGGGUCAGCGGGCCUUCGGCAAUGCGCCGCCUGCGGUGUACAAAUAGUGGAAAGAUGGCUGUUGCUAGCGAUGGACCGGUACUGGCACAUUGGCUGUCUCAAGUGCUCGUAUUGCAGCGUAGUAUUGGGAGAGAUCGGCGGGUCCUGCUACACCAAAGGCGGCAUGAUUCUCUGCAAAACCGACUACAGACGAAUGUUCGGCAGCAGCGGCGUCUGCGGGAGUUGUGGCAACGCGAUACCCGCGAACGAACUGGUCAUGAGGGCUGGCGAAUCGGUGUUUCAUGUGAAAUGCUUCAACUGCAAUAAGUGUGGCGGUCCUCUCGUCUCUGGCGACAGAUAUUACUUACUGUCGGGCUCGCCAGUUUGCGAAUCCGAUUGGCACAAAAUCGUGAAAUCGUCGAGCGUCGCGGCAGCGGCAGCCGCGGCGGGCGGAAACAGCGGCGCGCCCGUUAGGAAAGGUAAGGUCGGCAGGCCUCGAAGGAGCCGCGAAUGA